GGGAACCAUCUAUCUGUCAAACUUCUGGUGACCGCCCUGCCUCUGCGGAGUUUGACAGUCCCAUUGCAAGAUCCCACGUGGAAGCAUUUAGUACUUUUCGGAACUUAAAACUCAUGCCGUCCUCGUCCGCCUUACGGAGUGCAAUGGUCUCCUGCUGUUCUCUUUCUUUCGCGUGCCCAAACCUCGAGGAAUCUCGGUGUUGAUGCAAGAUCCUUGAUUGGGGCCUAGCAUGCAUAUGAUCUAAGUCAUAGAUUGCAUGAACCGUUGCAAUUUUUCGACCAAUAAAAUCCUCGAGACAGGCAAAAGCCUGACUAUUCUUCACCUUACACCACUCUGGCCUCGUGCGGUGUACCCAAGGGAUCACAGACCGCCGUCGGACCUUACUUUCGAGGGCGUCAAUUCAUCUCGACGCAGACCUAUCUGUCCUGCGCCUGUCGACUGCAGCAUGGCGAAGCUCUUCAUCGGGGGCCUUGCCUGGCACACAACCGACGAGACUCUGCAAGAGGGGUUUCAGCAAUUCGGAAAGGUGGAGGAAGCUGUCGUCGUCAAAGACCGAGAUACCAACCGAAGCCGCGGAUUCGGCUUUGUGCGAUUCGAAACCAAGGACGAAGCCGACCUGGCGCUCGAGAAGAUGAACAACACUGAGUUCGAUGGUCGCAUCAUUCGAGUAGACCAUGCGCAAGACAACAGGGCGGGCGGCUCAGGUCGAGGUGGCGGCUUUUCUGGAAGAGGUGGAUACACACCGUCACCCGCUGCGCCGGGGGGAUAUUCACAAAUGGGAGCCCAAGCGCGAAACCCGAACCCGAUGCCAUAUGGACGUGGUGCAACGUACGCUCCUCAGUACGGACAGUACGAUCCUCGAUACCAGCAACCCGGCGGACCAGGCCAAUACGGUGGAGGACAGUCGCAAGGGCCAAGCGAUCCUUACGGGCCUCAAGGACCCUAUCGUCGUUAGAAUGAGCGCCUUUUCACGGCCGGGAAAUGAUUGCAUGGAGAUACCCAUCGAGUUCGUCCGUCAAGUCAAUUCAGAACGCGUCUAACGGGGCGUCGAGAUUUUCGUAAUUUUCAAAUUUGUAUUAAGAGCGUUGCUGUCCAGGCCUGCAAAAUUUGC